AUGGCAUCAUACUUUGACGAACACGACUGUGAACCUCUUGGAGAUGGACAAGCACCAAACCAUGCUCUACAUCUGGCACGGUUAUUGUUAGACUCAGGCUUGGCCUCUGAGUGGGACGUGGAAUACAACAGGUUCUUUGGGGGUGAAGGCAGAGCACCACCUGCCUCUAGAAAAGUGGUUGAGGAGCUAGAGACAAAGCUAGUCUCUCCUGAAGUUGCUGCACAAGGUAAGAAAUGCCCAGUGUGUCUGAUGGAGUUUAAUGAAGAGGAGGAAUGCAAAAUUUUGCCUUGUAAACACCAGUUUCACACUGCCUGUAUACUACCCUGGCUAGGAAAGGUAAACUCUUGCCCAUUGUGCAGACAUGAACUACCGACAGAUGAUCCACAAUAUGAGCAGUUCAAACAACACAAGGCUCGAGCCAAACAGCGUGAACAUGAAAUAAGCACACUCCACGACUCUAUGUUUGGCUAG